AUUGCUGUCCACCAGAACAAGUAUUUUUUGGCUCGUUCCGCGCUGUGGUCUACGUUAUCGAGAGCGAGAUGUAGCGGGAUGAUACGGGUGGAGGUCACGGUGUGCGGUGGUGGAAGGAGGCACCGAAGUCCGCGAGGGAUGCCUUUAUUAUUGAGGCUGCAUUUUCGUCGUCUGGAAGCACCGUGGAUCAGUCUGUGUCGUCGUCGUCUGGGCCUGGAAGGGAGGGAUCGGCUGGUUUGAAAAUGGCACUCGACUGCGCACUGCGCGCGGGGAGCGGCGCGUCUCCUCAAGGUUCAGGUGCUUGACCAGCUAGCGAAAUUUUUUUGUUUGAAAAAAAAAAAAGGCGACAUGCAUACUAACAGAGUGUGGGAAGGUCUAGAUCGUUUUUUAUUAUUGUCGUUUUUAUGUCGAGACUAAAAUAUACACAUUUUUUUUCUGCGGAUAAUAAUUAUGGUCUCAGCAAGGAUCUCAAAUCCUGCUGAUUUACAAGAUCUAGUUUUGGACUAUUGAAUGGGACAAGUCAGCGUUAAAAGAGAUGUACACGGACCAACGAACCAAGUCGAACAGAGGCGACACCGACGAGCUCAGGUACUAUGCCGAGCACUAUGCGUCUUACCCUCGUUUGGUGGCUGAGGCGCUCGGCUCGAUUUCUGAGUUUGACACGAACCACGUGGCGGGCCACAUUGACGGGGCCGUCGGCUACGCGUAUCUGAUCGUGUCGACGAUACACGCCAUGUUUCAGCCGAAGUUGUUUGUGUGGAGCUUCAAGAAGCUGGGCGCGGCGCCGUCGAGGGGGUCUAGGUUGGCCGGCUCGAUGCAGAGCGCGGUUGAGCCGGACGUCGUGUACCAGCUUUCGCUGCACUCGCCGUUUCGCAACGCGGCGGCCGGCGUGAAUUUGGUCACGGUGGUCAUGCGCAGAGAGCACGAGUCGGUUGGCGUCUUGUUCGUGGAUUUGAAGGGCCAGAUAUACUAUUGGCCGAGAGCUGCGAACCCUCAGAACGUGUUGAGGGAUUCGGUGUCCAUGGAGCCCGAGGAGUCGUGCACCAGGCUGAUCGCCUUCCACGCCGCGGGAUACUACAUCCUCGGCACGUCAGAGUCCAGAGUGCUGAUUUUGACGUUUCAGGGCAACCAGAUCAGACAGAGGGAGCUGAAGAGGUCGAGGACGUUUCUCAACAACGCGUUGUCGUGGCUCAGCCUUUUUGACAAGGGAUCGACCCAGUUGGUGCCCAAGGCCCGCCGGAGCAAUUCGGUCGUGAAUUUCCUCGUCACGGGUUCCGGUUCGUACCGGUGCUGCAACUUCUGGGUGCUGACUACCUACAACUUGCAGUGUUGGCUGUUGUCGGACGACGCAACCGAGAGGUGCUUGCUGGACUGCAACCUGUUCGAAACGAUCACCGACUCGCUGAAAAAAAGCCAGACGCGCAUGUUCGGAGGUCCCGUCGGCAUAGAGUUCAUCAUAGUGAACUUCGCGAUUAGCAGCCAGAGGGACAUGAUUUCCGUCCUGAUCAUCAUUGUGACUUCGUACGGGGCGCAGUCUUCCGCCAAGAAGAAGGCGAAUUUGGUUCUGUACAAUUUUUCAAUUUCGAAAAAUCAGUCGUCGGGCGGCAGUCAGCUGUUCGGCGAGGUGUUCAGCGGGCCCAUUUCGAUUUCGCUCUACUCGACGAAGAAGUUGCCUAUCGAGCUGCCCUACCUCUCGGAGGAAAUUUCCAAGUUCCUCGGCUUUUGCGGCGUCAUGACCCCCUACCGGAGCGGCACGGACGUCCUAGUCCACAGUUGCCAGUUCAUCUCCUACAGGAGCAUCUCCCCCGACGACGACCAGCCGGAUCAGUACGGCGACAUUUUCCUGCCGAAGGGCGGCAGCCAGCAAAUCAUCGGCAGCGGCUUCAUGGAUUGCUACGCUCUCUACAUGAUUACCGGCGAGGGCAUCAUCAGCGUUCAGCAAGUCGGGCCGAAGCCCACGAGAGCGGUCUCCCCCUUCGCCGCCAACGGCAGGGCCGCCGCCGCGCUGCCCGCUCGUCCGCCGUCGUCCGACUUUGCCGGCCGCGACGCCCCGUCUUCUCUCGUCGCACCGCCGUCCGCCCUGGCCCCCUCCCCGGAGCUGCCGAACCUGUCGGUCAGCGCGCUGGUGAACAAGCUCUCGUACGCCAUGUCCCUCUACCUCAAGAGCGCCGCGGGCGCGGACGGCCACUGCUCGAGCGACCACGCUCGCGCCACCUGGAGGCCGUUCGUGCAGCCGUUUCUGGACAUUCGCUGCGAGCCCACGGUGGAGUGCCUGGCCGAAAGCCUGGUCAACGCCAUCUCGUUCGACGACCCGCGCUGGGCGGAAGACCCCAGCCUCCACCAGGCGACCAGCUUUCAGAGCGCCCAGAUGCUGCUGCACCGGCAGCUCGAGAGAAAGAAGCAGGAUUACGCCCACUUUAUCCAGUUUCUGUCCGUUUCCGGAAUUUUGUCCAAACUCAGCACCGGCUGCAGGGCCAAACUCUGCGACGUCGGCAGCAAGCUCGCCGCCGCAUCCGCGCUGCGCGCGCGCCAAAACGACCAGCAGCGACUUCCCGGCGCCCCCGGGACGCCCGGCGGCGCGAAGAGGACGUCCGGCAGCGUCUCGCCCCACUUUUCCAUCCUGAACGAGGCUAUGAUCAAAACGCUGGCCGAGCGCGGCAUCGAGAAGAGCUUUUGGGUUCGCCAGGGCCUGGGCCCUCAGGACGUGUUCUACUCUCGCGUCUCCGAGAUCGAGGGCAUUCUGAAGCACAUCCAGGCCAUCGAGAUGGCGAUCAGAGAGUCCUCGACCGACUAUUUCGGCACGCUCGAAUCGCAAAUUUUUUUUCUGUCGCAGAGCAACCAACUUUUUGAAGUCAUUUUCGCCAGCUCCAUCGCCUACCGGCGAGAAAAGUGCUCGGUCUACUUCGGCGACAAGCUGCUGAAGGAGCCUCUCCCCCCCGACGGCGACCAAAUCACGUUUUGGACCUGGGAUCCGAGCGUCCGCAGCCUCCUGUCCUCGCAAAUCCAGAGGACCAUCGAUUUCAUCGACAGACUCAUGCAGGCCGCAGGCGCUCACGACGCCGCCUCUCCGCCCCAUCUCCGAGCAACGGGCGCCCCCGACGUCGACGUGGACCAGCUGUACCUGGAGCUCUACAACCUGGUCGACGCCCUUCUCUCCGACGUGCAACUCCAGGCCGACUUGGUGAAACUCCGCGUCGGCGACCCGACCACCGACGAGGAAGCCGUGGCCAUGGACGACAAGUUCAACACGCUCCGACAGAACCUUCUAGCUCCCUUCGUAGCCAACCCGUCCAAAUACUCGAUGGCUCUGCAACUCGCGGAAACCUACCACGAAUUCAACACCCUGUUCCAGAUCUGCGAACUCACCAACGACGACCUUCGACUCCAGCGGUACUUGGAAGCCUACAAGGACGAACACUUUUGCGAAUUUUUGUUCAAGUGCUAUCUGACCAACGGCCUCAAGUACAAGCUGCUCACGCUUCCGCGCCAAUACUGGGAACCCCUGUCCGACUUCCUCAACUCCUCCGGCUCUGAGGGCUGCGAAGAAAUCGCCUGGUGCCACCAAAUCCUGACCUCCGACUUCAAAGGCGCCGGAGACCUUUUGCAAAAACUCGGCGACCGAGAAAACGACAUCGCCUCUCGAAAACACACCCUCUAUUCGCUCUCGAAACUCUGCCUCUACGCCGCCCUUCCCGAACCAAACGAUCCCUCCUCCAUCGACGCGCCGCCCCCCGAAUCAACGCCCCUCUUUUGCGACGAAGAACUAGACCAAAAGCUCAGUCUACUGAAAUUCCAAUGUCAGCUGAACGAACUCGGCCCGGACUGGGCCAAAGACCACCCCCUUCCCUCGACCACCCUCUGCGAGUACUUCAUGGACCUCUCGACCAAAUCCGUCUUCUCCGCUCCCAGCGAAGCUUUCCUCCUCGCCAUGGAACUCUACUCCUGUACGAAGCUGCUGCGCUCCCACCCAGAGAACCGCUCGCUCCUACUCACCAUCUGGCUUCGCUCAAUCGAGGCCGACGACUGGGCGGAACUCGCCCUCGCCCGACAAAACGACCAAAUCACCGACCAAGAACUGACCGACAGAAUUCAAGAAACCGCGUUCUACGCCCUCUGCUACCAGGGCACCAACGUCCAGCACAACCUGCCGCGCGACGUCUUCGAGGCACUCCUAGACCGCGUGGACUCCCACACGCCCCUGGGGUCGUCCAUCCGGUCCGUCGUCCUCCUCGCGUACAACCACAUCAUCCAGGAAUUGACCAGCGAGGGCAGACUCUCCGACCGAUCCUUCUACUCCGACCGAUCCUUCUAUUCCGACCGAACGCAUUCCCCGCUCCUUCGCUAAAAGUAAUAAAAUUCGCACCCGCAACGAUCCGAAGCCCGACCUGAUUUUCAGAAGACCCAGUACACUCUGUACCCUCGAAAAAAAAAAAAAUGCCAUCUCAAAAAAAAAAAAAACCCUGCACUCAACACAGAACCAUUCAGAUUUAUCGCGAUCCCUAAAAACGAACUCUACGCCCAUACAGGACUCACCGCCUCCCCCAGCACCUCUCCAGACGGGGCCCCGUGCGUUCGAUAUGCCGACUCCUCUACAUGCGCUCCCCAGAGCCCCACCGCCCUCACCCGCCGCCGUCAAGACUUCAGAAGUCGUUACACAAAACUUUCACCUCCACGCGCCGAACUCUCCCCCGCGCGCGCUUUUUGGUCCUCUUUUUUUUUCUGAGCAUCCAGGACGAGCAAAGCACUUUUGAACAGCCGAAAACCGCGCCCUCUAGGCGCAUCGUCUCCGCGACGUGCCCCUUUGCAGCGAACGCUUCCAAAAACCGAGCGCCACGCCCGACUCGCUCCUUCCUCCUCCUAUCACCGACUGGCGUCCGGACGUCCCUGGUGGCCCUCUUUCAGAGCCGUGAUCCCAGAGCCCCAUCCGCCUGUUGCCGAAAAAAAGGGCCUCCUCCCGCGCCCGCCCUCGUCCCACCCGUUCGCGCACUGACAGAACCGCUCGCGGACCAGAGCUCGACCCGUGCGCAUCGACUCCCUGCACGAACAGGGCGCGCUCCACUACCUGAGAACGCUGCUGCAGACCUGCCCAUGAAGCGUUCGCACCACCCCGUGUGCGCCCUACAAAACGCAAGCAAAGGCGCCUUUGAAUGAAGACAGACCCUACGGUCCUCGAUUAACCCUCUAACGAGGAGCGCGCACGGAGCGCUUGUUUUUUUUUUACAAAAAAUUGCCUUUUCUCAUACACUGUACAAUGCACACUGGCCAAGAGGAGAACUGUCCUGGCGCGUUGGGCAAAAAUCGUCCUAACAGAGCCAUAUCCCUCGUAGACCUGGAGCCCAUUCUGGCCUUCUACGACGAAAUUCUAGACAUCUCUAUACAUGAGACGACUCAGGCUUCCAUGGCAACUGAAUUACUAAAAAAAGAGAAGCACUUUGAGUCGAAGCUGUCUCAAUUUCUCAACCUUCAUAAGGGCAAGAAUGCAAAGAUCGCUUUGGUUACGGUAUGCGCAGCGAACGCUUCGUGUUAUCACCAUGCAAUGGCCGACCUCAAACCCAUCCCUAUGCACCAGAACGCGGCAAACGCGCCUCACAGAAUGACGCUACCCACAGACGUCGAUUAAGACAGUCCCAUGCCUAGGCAUUGCGAAAAAGCUGUGAUGAAUGAUCAUUGGCGCGAAAACUCACAUUGCUUGUCUAAAGUCAGGUGGUACAGCUGUUCCUCUAGAAAAAAAUACAGUCAGGUUCAUAGAUAAUUUCAGGUACAAAUCAAAAAACGGUACUCGCUCAAGCUUCUCGGCACUGAUCCAUCCUGCCUCGGUUCGUCAAUGUUUCUGCCCUUUUUCGGUCUUCUAGCAGCGGGAGAAGAGGAGCGCUCUCGGCGGAGUGCCUGCUCAAUCAGGGCUACGUGGUCAUAUUCCUGUACCGCGAAAAUACUCUUCAGCCAUAUUCAUGCCAUGUCCCAAAACUCGACGACCUGCUCAGCACCACCUCGCUACUCAAUUACUCGGACAGACAGUCGGAGGGUGCGUGUUACUCCCGCUUGGUUCCUCGACCGCGCUUGGCCAGGCGUCUCUGUUUCUCUCUGUACAUUGUUCAUGUCGUACACGAGCGCCGUAUAUUCUCUCACACACACAGGCGAGAUGUGCACUGACACGCUGAAGUGUUGACCACGCGCACACGAGCCGUUCCACUCACGCACGCGUUUUCCACUCAGUACUAGACCAGUAUCACGACAAGAUAGUGUAUACAUGCAACUCGAUAAGGCAGGUGAAGGCCGAGAACAGGCUGAUCGAAUUUUCUUUCUUCACAGUAUACGAGUAUUUGGUUUAUCUGCGAAAGGCCUGCCGGCUACUGUCUAAAUUCAACCACCAGGCCAUGAUCUACGCCGCCGCCGCCGUGUCCGACUUCUACGUUCACUUCAAGGACAUCCGCGAGCACAAAAUCCAGAGUCAAGAGGGGGAUAUACACCUUCGCCUGCACUCUGUUCCUAAGGUCAUAUACAUGGUCAAGCACAUCUGGUGUCCAUCGGCGUUCUUGGUCACGUUUAAGCUCGAGACGGACCCUGAGCUGCUUGAGACCAAGGCGCUUACCCACCUAGGUGAUCGGUACCACUCUCAGGCCGUGGUGGCUAACCGCCUGGAAGAACGUGCGCGCAGAGUUUCCCUUUUCCUAAAUAUGCCAAGCAUAGACAGUCAGCCCCGCGUGGUAAAGCGGAUUUUUCAAGUGCCAUCAGAGAAUUCGGACGGGUUGAACGAGCAGAACUUGGAAACAGAGCUGAUAGCGUGUCUCUGCGAAUUCCAUAAUAAAUUUAUCUCGAACGCCCAGUCUCUCUCGUAA